AUGGCCGACGCUCCUAUUACCUUGCGGACGCGCAAGUUCAUCCGCAACCCUCUUUUGGCCCGCAAGCAGAUGGUCGUGGACGUCCUCCACCCCAACCGCGCCAACGUCAGCAAGGAUGACCUCCGUGGGAAGUUGGCCGAUCUCUACAAGGCCAACAAGGACCAGGUCUCCGUCUUCGGUUUCCGCACCCAGUUCGGUGGCGGCAAGUCCACUGGUUUCGCCCUUGUUUACGACUCACACGAGGCUUUGAAGAAGUUCGAGCCUCACUACCGCCUCGUCCGUAUCGGUGCUGCCGCUAAGAUCGAGAAGGCUAGCCGACAGCAACGCAAACAACGCAAGAACCGUUCCAAGAAGUUCCGUGGUACCGCCAAGACCAAGGGUCCCAAGAAGAGCAAGGACUAA